AACUCCCCGCCGAGUCGUCGCCGAAUCCCCCUCCACCGACCCGACGCAACCCACGCCUCACCAGCCUUCGUCCCACUUUCCGCAGCGCAUCUCCCCGCCUCCGAUCUCGACCGUUUGCGGCUCAUCCGACGGUUGCUGCGGCUCACGUACGGGUCAGGCCCACGUUCCGCUAACGUGCUCCGUGGUCGUGACCCUGACCUGCGCGCCUUUCCCCUUGGCUAUUUAAGCUGGAAGAGCAGUUCGCCGCCUUCCAAGCUCGAGUCCUCCGUUCCGUUCCAGAUAAAUCCGGUUCGGUUCUUUUUCUCCGUGGGGCUCGACCGCUUCCAUCACGCUCUCGGAAGGAUGGCGUUCGUCGACGCCGACAAGCUCAGUUACGAGAUCUUCUCCGUCCUCGAGAGCAAGUUCCUCUUAGGCCUCGACGACCCCAACAAGCUCUUCUUCCCCACUUCCUCCUACUCCUCAGCUGGCGCCUCCCCCCGGACCGCCGCAGGUGCCCGAGGAAGGAUCCGGAUCCUGUCCAUCGACGGCGGCGGCAGCCCCUCCGAUGCCCUCCUCGCCGCGGUCGCCCUCGCCCGGCUCGAGUCCUCCCUCCGUCACCGUUCCGGCGACCCAUCCGCCCGCGUUGCCUACAUGUUCGACGUCGCGGCCGGCUCCGGCGCCGGCGGCGUCCUCGUCGCGAUGCUCUUUACCAGGGACCACGACGGUCGGCCCUUGUUCUCCGCAACCGACGCCCUGCACCUCCUCCUCUCCGAGAGCCGCCGCCGCGGGCGCGGCUUCUCCUCCGGGAGGGGCCUAUUCCGUGGGAUGUUCCGUCGACCCGGGAGUUUCUUCCGUCGGAUCUUCGGCGACGCGACGCUGAGGGACACCGUCAAGCCGGUGCUCAUCCCGUGCUACGACCUCGCCAGGGGGGCGCCGUUCCUCUUCUCGCGGGCUGACGCGGUAGAGGCAGACGGGUACGACUUCCGGAUGUGGGAAGUGUGCGCGGCCACGUGCGCCGACGCAUCCACCGCGGCGGUCGAUCUGCGGUCGGUGGACGGGCGGACGCGCGUCACCGCGGUGGGCGCCGGGGUGGCGAUGGCCAACCCUGUGGCCGCGGCCAUCACGCACGUCCUCCACAACAAGCCGGAGUUCCCGUUCGCGGCCGGGGUGGAAGACCUCAUGGUGGUGUCUCUCGGCGCUUCCGCCCCCGCGCCAGCCGCACCGGGUGCCGCUGAGCUCGUCAGGAUCGCUGGCGAGGGCUUCGCCGACAUGAUUAACUCAUCAAAAGCCGUGGCUUUUGUGAUCAUCGUCAGGUGGAUCAAGCGGUGGCGACGGCAUUCGGACACCUUAGAGCAAGCAAUUACUUGCGCAUACAGGACACCGCAUUCAUGUCAGGAAAUUGCACGCCAAAGACGAUGAGCUCGAAGAGCUCGGUGGAGGCAGCAGAACGCGUUCUGUCACAGCGACACGUGGAGUCGCUGCUCUUCAAAGGGUGAGGAAAGAUCUCGGAGCGGACCAACGACGACGAGCUCGACCGGUUCGCGGAGGAGCUCGUAAAGGAGGAGGAGUGGAGGAAGAAGGGCCCGAUCCCGACGAUGGUGCUAAAGCAAGUGAUGACGCCGCGAACGUCGUCGGCGACGACCGCGACCACGGUCACCGUUACCACGACUAUUUCCACGAGCACAACAUCGACAUGAUGGAGACGGUGGAGUCGAGAUAGCUGCUUGUGCAUAGACUGUUGUGGGUUCUAAAAUGUGUGUUUUCCUUGGUGGAGGGUAUGACAUGGGAAAUCAAUUCAAGCUUGGAAAUUGUUCGCUAAAUUAUUAACGCGGUAGAAAUGUGAAUUUGGAUCUCUCAUAUUAAUUGUGUUUGGAAUUCAAGAUGGACACUAUUUUACCUUCGAACUUAUGAUUCCCAAUUAUAUGUGAUCAUCUAAAUGAUUUUUGGAACAUAAUGGCUUUCUUUGGAAAAAAUCAACAUAUGAUAGCAUUAAGAAGCAAUCUAAAACCCAAGUAUAAUCGAGCGUUGGAGUCAAAAUAGCACUCGUUUGACCAAUGUGAUGUAGAAAGAACCAUAAGGCAAAAAAGUAAGGCACUGAUGCAUCCGUGUGAUUUGAUCGAUAUCAAACGGUUGUGAUAAACUCAAAUGUAUUAUUGUAUUUGGCGCGGAUGUAUCUUUGUGGUUUUAUUUUCAUGAAUGGGGUAAGAGAAGUUUGAUCAUACAUUGUCUUUGAGAUCCAUUCUCUGGCCAUCAUCAUCGACCAAUAGCAGUCGGCGCUUCUUUGGCGGCAUCAUGAUUUGGACAGUUAGUGGCAUUAAGAUCCGUGCAUGGCCCCGUGAACGGCGGGAUUUUCCCUCCCUUUGCGCUGCGCUGAACACCCAUCGUUCCGUAGAAAAAGCUAAGUUGGUUCUUCGUUGUUGCCGCUGAAUGAUACAAUUAGCAGAUCUGUUGCAUCACAGUAUGCCUUGUUUUGGUUGUAGCUGCUGACAUGGAAACUCUGAUGUCAUCAUACGCACAGAGUAUAUUAGUAGGCAUGGUGGCGUGUCCCACGGAAGAGAAGCAACCUUAUCAUCAUUUUGAUUCAAGG